AUGGAGUCUAUGGUCAAGGAAUGGACGGCCUUUUUGGAUAGGUGCCUCGAACGGCGUAUCGCACCUGAUUUGUUCGCUGCAGCCGUCGCGCAGCUCCACGCGAAGUCUCCACUGCCCGGCCGGAAGCUUGCUGCUCUGGUUCUUCGACCACGCGUUGCAGGAUCCAAUAACGUCGACCCACGCUCCAUCGUCUUUCUCGAGCAGCUACUGGCCGUAAAGAAGGUCGAUGCCUCUGACGUUCUGACGUUGACCUUCCUGUACUCCAAGGAUCGCCUCCCGGUCAAGACAGGUGACGAGAAACCAGCCAAGGAGGCGCAAUGGGACAAUCCGCCAGAACUCGAGGAAAUUGUGUUUCAUCGCUUGCACAAAGCUUUUGCCGCAGAGGAGCGCCCUAUCAACAACACCGAAGGUCUGCGCACGCUUACUGUCUUGACAAGAUGGAUGCAGGCAAUGGUGACAUCGCAAACCAGUGAUAGCAUGAUCCAGGCCAUGGCUGGCAUUCAACAACCCCAGCAGCACUCUAUCAAUGUUCGGGAAGGUCUUGCAAUGCUUGUUAUUGGCGUAAUAGAGAACUCAAAGAUUCUACGAAUUUUGAACAACCCCAAGGGCAAAGAUAUACGCAAGAGUUUUGUUCAAUCCUUCUCUUCAUUUAUCCCGUUUCUCUCCAACAAUUCGGGUGGAUCGCAUCAAUCGUUGCAACUAGCAGAACGACUGGAACUCUCACAGAAACGGCAUGAUUUCUACGAAAAGCUACCUAACGUAAACGGCGAGGAAAAUGCAAAUGCCGGUCUUGAAGUCGCGGCACUUCAGCUCGAUGCCGUAAUGGAGCUCCCGCAAGUAAAUACGCGAGCUGGUCUCUAUGUCUUCUUGAACGCCUUGCUUGUCGCACGGCCACUUACUGAUGAUUUCAUUAUCAUCAACCAUCUUCAUUCGCGAUACAAACUGGAAGCCCAGAACAUGGCCACAGACUUGAUCACCGCCGCUUUUGAUGUCCUUGCCAACGGUAUGUAUCGCAGUGAACCGCCGCAGACGAUGUUCUACCUGAAAUCAUUCUUGAUCAACAAGGUGCCCUUACUUCUCGCACAGAUAACCGGGUCAAUAUUUCCCAUGACAGUCGAGAUGUGUAUCACACAAGCACUCAGCCAUGUGGAUCCCAAUGCUUUCCCAUCAUUCUCACAGGGAUUCGACGACAUCAUGGGAAGUAAUAACUCCCUCUCUGAUGUUAGGCAAGACUUCCUUAACGCAUGCGCGCUUCAUGCUCUCAUCCCAGCGGGUACUGUAGAGCGUUUACUUGGCGAAGCCCCCAUGCAGGGCCCACCAGCGAAGAGACACGAGAGGAAGGAAUUGCUAAACCAGUGCAAGUCAAACUUCGACAAAAUCAGCACAUACAUUGACGAGCUUGAGAGCCUUGACGGAAACGCCGGUGCCAUUGUUGCUGCUGUUACGGAUUUUAUAGCACACCUCUGUGAAACUCAAACGACCAUGUACUUGAAGCAACUAUCCUCGUUGAUCUUCAAGAAACCGCAGGCAAUGGAUGUGAUGCUCCAAUUCACUUCGCCGGCUAGCAUUCUGCGACCACUAUGCCAGUUUCUCGAUGACUGGCACUACGACAGCGAUCAAGGUGAAUAUCAACCGGUAUAUGACGAGUUCGGUGCGAUACUUGUUCUCAUCAUGGCCUUUGUAUACCGCUAUGAUCUUACGUACCACGACAUCGGCAUCGGCCAUGAUACAUUCAUUGCCAAGCUUAUGAAACGUGGUCAUCAUAGCAUGCUGCCUGACGAAUUGAGCGAAGAGCAGGGCAAGUAUCUUGGUAACUGGCUGAAAGGACUUUAUGACGCCGACAAGGAAGGGCUAAGCAACGAGGUUUUUGCAUCUUGCCGUCCACAAGAUUUUUAUCUCAUAGUUCCCACAUUGUUCAGGCAGACAGUCGUGGCAUGCUCGACGGGCGUCCUGUCAUUUGAGUCGGUCAAGGGUGGUUUGGAAUAUCUUGGAGAGACUUUCUUAUUGCCGUCCUUGAUCGAAGGUCUUACCUGGAUGGCCUCGUAUGCGCUCCUUCAAACGCACAACGAUCUUGAUUCAAUGAUCCGCAUCUUUAACGAAGUCAUAUUAACGACUCCCUCUUCUGGGGACGCACAAGCUAUGCAUUCGACUAUAAUAGCGAUGGUGUCUAGUCGUCUGGAGAAGUGCUUCCGCACGCUACAGCGGCGCGAACCAAACCGUACGACACUUGAGCCUUUCAUUCAGGCGAUCAAAGUUCACGCAUACUAUGAGCGUUCCAUAUACGCUAGCUUGAAAGAAGUAGACCAGUGGACGAAUGCGCCGAAUAGCACUCUGAACACGUCUUUACGACACACCGUGCAGCAACUAUCGCAGUGGGCUUCCACUUCGUCACUGCAGCCUAACCCACCUAGCUAUACCCAUCGCCAAAUCUAUGCAUCACUGAAGAUGCUUGGUGCUACCAGGACGCUGCGCGCCAUUGUGGAUGAGGUGAAAGCGCAAACAGAUGCUGGCAACGGUGCGGCUGCGCUAGAUAUUGGGGUGUCCAUCAUCUGCGCUCCUACUGUUGAGGAUAGCCCCAUAACAGUAGACUGGGUAGGAAGCUCAAUACCAGCGCCGCCACCACAGAGGAAUCGCAUGAACCUCCGCGAGAUGCUUAAGCAAGAGUUUGAGAGCGCUGCAAAUCUGGUGGCAACAGAUCCCCUGACGGCGGAGACGAUAGUACGCCUGCACCGCCGCGUAGAAGCGCACUUUGUCUCCCUCAGCGAAGCUGGUCUACAAGCACCGCCUAUCAACAUCCCCAGUGUCAACAUAGCGGACAUGCAAUCACAAACCAUAUCCGACGAUCUGAACCGAGCUAUCGAUGAUGCGGCUGCUGCGACGGUUGUCGAUGAUAUUUCCAACAUGGACAACAAAGCGCUCCAGCGCAGUAUGGACGAACUUACCGGUCCUGAAGGCUUGGAUCUGUCGAGCAUCGGCAUGGGUAAUGGUGAUGCAGGUGCAGGCGAUAUGAGCACAGAUCUGGGUAAUCUACCUGACUUGAAUCUCGGUGAUAUGGGUAGCAUGGGCAUGGAUAUGGAUAUGGAUAUGGACAUGAACAUGGGUGGCGGCGGAGGAGAUGAUGACUGGGGCUUGGAUUUCGAUAACAUGUAUGGUCUCGGAGAACUCCUCAGCACAACGUUUGCCAGUGAAGGCGCGAAUGUCGCUAUCAACUACUUCAACCGUAUUGAGCCGGCACAGAAAGUGCAGAAGGCAUGCCAAGCACAUGGUGUCAAAGCUAUCAUUAUCAAAGCGGAUAUGACCUCAACGGCAGAAGCGAAGAGAGCGGUUAGAGAAACGAUCGAGCAGCUGGGUGGACUGGAUAUUGUGCUUGCUAACGCGGGUUGGACACGCUUUGCUGAAUGGAAAGAUCUCGACUCCAUGAGCGAGGAAGAGUGGGAUAAAUGCUGGAACGCCAAUGUCAAAGUACCAAAGGCCAUACUGUCUGAGGCGAGAGCUACAUUCGAUGCUAAUCCUGAUGGUGGGCUUAUGAUUACUACAGGUAGUAUUGCGGGUGUCAGCCAGGGCGGCUCAAGUAUGCCUUACUCUGUUACCAAGGCAGCACAGCUCCAGCUCGUCAAAUGCCUUGCUGUCACUGUUGGACCCAAAAUCCGUGUCAAUACGGUCCUCCCAGGCUUACUGUUGACUGAAUGGGGCCUUAAGUAUUCCGAGGAAAGGAUUGAACAGCUCAAGAAUGCUGCAGCGUUGAAGCACGACACCUUCUUGGAUGAUUGCGUGGCCGCGUUUGUCAUGUUGGCAAAGAACACAAGUAUGACUGGUCAGGGCGUACAGCGAGUGGGAAUGUGCACACCGUGGCUGGAAGCCUUCCCCCACACAGCGAAACCCAUCCUCGAAGAGAUUGACGAAACACUCAAAAUCCCCCUGACAAGGACGAUAGAGUCUGGUACCAAUGCCGAACUCACACGAACUGAGAAUGCGCAACCGGCCAUUAUGGCAACCUCAAUUCUCAUACUACGGAUAUUGGAGCAGGAGUUUGGCUUCAAGACCGACGAGCGCGUAGACAUUACACUGGGACAUUCACUCGGGGAAUUCGCGGCCCUGGUAGCAGGGGGCUACCUCAAGUUUCAGGAUGCACUGAAAAUGGUACGGAGACGAGCCGAGGUCAUGAGCAAAUGCAGUCAAGAAGCAGUCGAACAAGAAGGCGGCGAGUUUGGCAUGGUCGCCCUAGUCUGCGAAUCUGAGGAGCACAUGCAGUCCCUCAUCAACGGCAUACACGAGUUCCUCGCACUAGGCUCCAAAGCAGACUCCCACGACCACCUUCCAGCCGUCCAACAGGUAUCAAUCGCAAACCUCAAUUCGAAGAACCAAAUCGUCCUCAGCGGCAGCAUCACCCGUAUCAAUACCUUGCUUACGAAUCUACGCCAGUUUGGCGGCCACGAUCCCCGACACGUACGCUUGAAAUCUGAUGCCCCCUUCCACAGCCUCCUCAUGAAGCCCGCGCAAGAAACCAUGAAACGCAUACUCCACAAGGAAAAUGAGGACGGACGCGACAUCGUCACAUGGCCGGGUAUCAUGCCGUGCAUAUCAAACGUCUCGGGCAAGCCCUUCCAGGACAAGGAGCAGCUGAAAGAUCUCCUAGCACGAAGCUGCGUCGAGACGGUGCAGUGGUGGAAGAGCGUAAAGUAUCUACAUGAGCAAGAGAAGAUUAUGCGUUACGUGGGUAUUGGGCCAGGGAAAGUAGGCAGGAAUCUUGUGGGCAAAGAGGUGGGUAUGAAGGGCUCGGUCAAAGGGGGUGGGGUUUGGGGCAUUACAAGUCCAAAGGAGAUGGAGGAGGUGGUUAGGGCCUUGGAUGAUACUGAAAAUGUUGAGGUGGAGUGA